AAAAAAAUUCGAUUUUUUGCUUUUUGAAAAUUUAUAUUUCUCGAACGCAAAAACACUGCAUCUUUAUCUCUAUUUUUUCCCCAUUUGAAAUUUUUUCUUGACUGGUUAUGUCGUCGUAUGAAAAUGAUGAUGGAAAAGCAUCAAAGAAACUCACACGUCGACAAUCACUAGUUGAAGCUGCUAAUGAGGCCUUACCUCCACCUGUUGAUUUCGAAUCGUUACGUGUCACUGAAGAAAGACUAAACACAUGUUCGAAUAAAAAAAUUCGUCGAUUUUAUGAACAACAAAACUUGAUGAUUUCAAGGUUCGCUCAAGUGGAUAGAGUUAUCAAUGCAUUACAGAACAAUAAACCUCUUCUAACGGAUGUGACAAAAAAUGGGUAUGGCGCAGUGUAUGAUGAAGAAAGUGGCCUGUACCAGGACGGUCUAGGCAAUCCAAUGCCAUUGGAUACUGGAGCGGGAGAGAAUCAACCAUUACUCUCCAAUAGUCGACCCAUUACACCAACGUCUGACGCUACAGGAGACGAUGCUGACAAAUCACCAUCAUGGAUUAUUCAUACAGCCAUCAACUUAUCAUUCCUCGCCAAUAUGGCUCUGUUUUUGACGAAAAUGGUCAUCGCGUGGUAUUCAGGGUCUAUGGCCCUUUUGGCCUCAGCCUUUGAAAGCUUUUUGGAUAUCGUCAGUAAUGCCAUCAUUUUCUUCACUGUACGCAUCAUUCGUCAAAAAAAUUAUUAUACCUAUCCCGUCGGCAAAUCACGUAUGGAACCAUUGGGCAUCAUCGUAUUUGCUGUAGUUAUUACCACUUCUUUUUCCCAAGUUUUAAUGACCUCCAUCAAGAAGCUUACUAUGGGAGCCGAUGCGGAACCCAUAGACCUAAGUAUACCGUCUUUAUCCAUUCUGGGCGUCAACAUUGUUGUUAAAGCAGCGUUAUGGGGAUGGUGCGCUAGAAUCAAGGGUAGUUCCAGUGUCCGUGCCUUAGCCUACGACCAUGAAAAUGACGUCGUUUUCACAAUCGCAAGUACCUUAUUCCCUCUGGUAGGUUCGUGGGUUGGUUGGCAUUGGUUGGACCCUCUGGGCGCUAUUAUUCUGUCCCUCUACAUUAUUUACGAAUGGAUGGGAGUUCUCAUCGAAAACAUCCGACGUCUUACCGGUCAAGCAGCAAGUGCGGAUGAUAUUAAACAACUAACCUACAUGGCCUAUCGGUUUUCAAAGAAAAUUGAAGCAGUUGACACAGUGAGAGCUUACUAUAUCGGUGAUCGUUUGGUAAAUGAUAACACUACUUUGUAAUUGAAAAACAUAAGGCCUAACUUUAUUUCUACUUUGGGGGGUGGGGGGACCAAGUUAGUGGAAAUUGACAUUAUUUUACCACCAGACUGUCCGUUGAGGGAAGCUCAUGACGUUGGAGAAGCACUCCAAGACGCUCUUGAGUUAAUGAGCAAUGUUGAAAGAGCAUUUGUACAUUUGGAUUAUAGCGCAGAACAUGCCAUUGAACAUAGGAGAGUCGUUGAUGAUGUGGGCUUUAACCCUUAAAUGACCAAGAUAUCCAAACUCCCUCAUUUGUCUAAAGGUAUACGCUAUUCCCAUUCUGUCACUUAUCUAUUCACAACCAUUGUCAACUGCAUAUACAUACAAAUUUGUAACACACAAAGCCAAUUUUAUACAUACAGAUACUUUCAACAAUGACAACGACAUAAUACGUUACAUUAUCUUUUUAAAAUAUAC